CUUGUGUAGCGCGACUAACUAACUUGGCUAACUUCUGGAAUUGGCCCGGUCGGUGGCACACCGGCAUUGCAUUGCAUCUGCAAACUCGGUGGCGCGCGCUCGUCUUCAGCUCGAGUGUUAGUAACUUUGGUUGUUUUCUUCAUUUUUUUUUUGCAAAUUAUUCGAUUCUCGCAUUGGCAUCCGAGAGCGUGUGAAGUUCGCGCAUGCGUAGUUGCUGUUUAUUAACCAAUUUUAAAAAUUGCGGUUUACCGCAAAAUUGUGCAAGAUUUAAUUUUAUUUUUGUUCUGUGUGUGAGAGUUGAACGGCAGUUUAAAAAGGACUCCAAAGGAUUAAGACGUAAAGUGAAGGGAUACGAUUACGAGAUAGGAUUACAUCCACAAAGGUCAGGCGGCAGACACACCAGAUUCUUGGUCAACUCGGAGUAGGCCAAUUAAGACCGGCAGCAGUCAGCAGUCAGCAGGCGGCAGGUGUUGCAGUUGCAACAACAGCAACGACAUCAGCAACAUCAUCAACAAGUGGCAUCGUUUUGCGGUUUUUUUUGCAUCGUUCGGCAUCGGCGGGCGGGUCUGGGUCUGGGCCGGGAACGGGAAAUCGGAAACAUGUUCUUCAUCUUCUCUGGCCACCGAUCCCCCAAUCCGAGUCCCGGCUGCCUCCACUGGCUGCGACUGGUGGCCGUUAUCGCAGUGCUGCAUCUGCCGCAGUUUGUGUGUCAUGCUGGCUGGGCAACCAGAACGGCAGUCAACGCCAUCGACGCCUCCUCCUCCUCCUCCUCCUCCUCCUCCACCGCCACUGCCCCCUCCAAUUCCAUGCAAAUCCAAGUACUCCAAGUCAACUGUAGUCGGGAUCUCCUUGAGAUGCAGCUGGAACUAAGCCGUCCGUUUCGGGGUCUGCUCUAUGCCAAGGAUUUCCCGCUCGAGUGCCGAACCCGCGGCCUGGACUCCACGCACCUGAACCUUCGCAUCCCCACCUCCGGCUGCGGGGUUCGAGCCGAGCCUCUGGAUGAUGGCAGCCUGGAGUACUCGGUCCGGGUGAUGCUCCAGAUGGAGCAAAAACUGCGCCAGAGCACCGACAUUCUCAGUUCCGUGAGAUGCCAGCUGCCGGCCACCGAAAUGGGCAUGUCGCUGCCCUCCUGGCGGGCUGAAAAUGGACGCGAAAGAAAUGCGAGAAUGCGAGCCUUGGCCGCCGCUGCGGGUGGUGGCCCAGCUCCUGCCCACCACAUGGAGACGCCGCGCGUUAGGAUCUGGCUGGAACUGGGCGGUCCGAAUGGCACUGGCUCCGUGGAGGUGGGCGUGGCCACGACCCUGACUGUGCGCGCCAUCGUUCCGGGCACGAUCGGAGUGCGGGUGGUGGACUGCGCCGCCCUGGACGGACUGGGGGAGUCAUCGCAGCAGCUCCUCGACGCCCGGGGCUGUCCCAUUGACGAGCAGGUAAUGCCCGCCCUCCACACCCACCACCGGCCGGCGGAGGAGGGCUGGUCGAAGCAGCUGGAGGAAGACCUGGUCGAGCGGACGUUCGAGGCCACGUUUCCCGCCUUCAAGUUCCCGGAUCGCGAACGGCUCCACGUCAGCUGUGGCGUGCAGCUCUGCAAGGGGAAGUGCCCGUCGCUAAAUUGCCGACAGAAGACUCCGGGACAGGCGCCGCCAUCCCUCAGUGCGGAUCAGCACCUGGCACGGAUCGAGGUCUUCAACUCGCUGGCCGUGACAGCUCCCCAGAUCGAGGUGGACCGUCUCCGGUACGACAGGCGCCAAAACAUGAGCGGAGAGGAUUAUCCAGCGAAUCUGCGCGGACAAGUGCUUCCGGGCGAGGGCACACUCUGCCUCUCCAUAUCCAAGCUGGCCAUUUCCUUCUGUGUCCUGGGACUGAUCUUCCUGGUAGCCGUGGUGGUGGCUAUUUUCUCGCUGAUACGGACACGUCGACGAGAGCGGCGCCACGGAAGUGGCCUGAGAUUGGGACUGGGACUGGGAAUCGCGGGGACGACGAGCACGUCGAACAGCAGUAGCCGGUUGCACCGGGAUCGGGCCGAGAUCUGCACCUCCAUGUUCUCCUCGAGCAGCGAGUCGGCACAGUCGCAGCCCCGGUUCGGCGGCAAGUUUCUGAUGCCGUACUAUCCCAACACCCUGCCCUACGGACGGGUCUAUUAGCCCGACACCCUUAACGGGGAAGGGGCCUCCCAGAAGAGACUGACGGAUUCGUCUAACGAGCGCCGGUGUGGUACCAAAAUAAGGUCUAACUUAACUGUCCUAACUAUAAAUGUUUGCGCGAAAGGAUCUUGAAAUCGUUUUGCCGCCCAAAAUGAGUUUUAAUAUCUUUUCGGAUUAGUUUUAAGCCCCAACUGAGAAAUACAAAACUAUCAACGAAAUCACAACUAAAUACUUAAAUAUACUACCUAAGAUAUAUGUUUUUUUGUUUACUACUUUUAUUAAAAAUAUAUAAGAAAACC